AUGGAAAUCCAGGACAGCCCGGAACUCCAGGAGAGCAAGGCACUCCAGGACCCAAAGGACCUCCUGGACAGCCUGGAUUGGACGGACAACCAGGAGCACCUGGAAUGCCCGGACAGCCCGCUUACUCAAUUCCUCCUACCCCAGGACCACCAGGACCUCCAGGACCAGAAGGACCACCUGGACCACCUGGACAAGACGGACAACCCGGUUACCCCGGAGGACCAGACGAUGGACAACCCGGAAACCCAGGAAACCCAGGACGACCAGGAGACAAAGGACAAGCAGCCUCUCCCGGAGAGCAAGCAGCCGACUUUAGCCGCGAAGUCCAGUGUGUAUUUCCAGUACUGA